AUGCUAUCAGUUUUAGUAACAGAAUUUAUUGAAAACUAUUCACAAACGAAAACAAAGUUUAUAGAUAUACCAAUCGAAAAAAGAAUCUAUUUGGUAACUAUUAUAUGUUAUUAUUAUAAUGGAGAUAAUAUUAGUCAAUUAGAAGAUUUUGUAAAUAUUUUUUUUGGAAAAGCUGACGCAUCAUCAUAUAAAGCAAUUAAAGCUCAAGCACAAGUUCAAGAAAGAGAUGUUUAUCAAGACAAACCAUUACUAGCUCAUUUUAUAAAUGAUUUAAAUAAAUUUAGUACUCUAAAUAAAAAUGUUGAAAAACUUCAUUUAUUGUUAGCCAUUAUUGAAGGUGAAGGCUUCGAAUAUGAGUUAAGGCAUAAAACAAUACCGGGUCAUGUAUUAAGAGAUUUAACAGAUUUUUCAUUAUUUAUUACAAAACAUACGAGAAAAAUACCUGUAUUUAUAAUUGAUGGUAUUGAUGAAAAUCAAUAUUUAACUCCGAAUAAUGAUGUGAAUAAAAUAUCAUUUGAAUCAUUUUAUCGUUCAUCUGUUUCAAAAGAAAUUCUUGGAUUGACUAUGGCUAAUUUUUUUUAUUUAUCAAUAUUUUAUCCAAAAAUCGAUGGAAUUAAUAUGCUUGAUGCUAUUAUUCGACCUGAUAAAUUUCCAACAUAUACAUUAACAUGGAACUCAAAAUCAUUACACAAUUAUGCUGAUUAUGUUCUUCAAGAAUUAAAUAAAAAUGCUUCAUUAACUCGUUGUAAGGCUUUUACUGAUUUCAUGACACUUGUUAAUCAUAGAGAUGAGCGUAUUGCUAAAAUUAUUGAUCGAAUUCAGACGCCAAGAGAACUUAAUUACUUUUUACUCGAACUCGUGAAGAAGAUGAAUGAUGAUGCAAAUAAUGUCAAAUAUCCAUUCAUAGCUACGUUUGAAAACGUUCGUGACGCUUUUGAGACUAAUAAAAAAGAGGGUAGAAUUAAACAAGAGAAGAUAUAUGAUCCAUAA